GAAAUUUCCACAGCAAAGCCUCAGUGAUCAUGGUGGAUGAGCUGCUGUCUGCCUACCCACAUCAGCUUUCUUUUUCCGAGGCUGGGCUCCGGAUCAUGAUAACCAGCCACUUUCCUCCCAAAACACGUCUCUCCAUGGCCAGCCGCAUGCUGAUCAAUGAGAGACAAAGGCUGAUCAACAGCAGGACUUACACCAAUGGUGAGUCAGAAGUAGCGAUCAAAAUACCUAUCAAGCACGUGGUUGAGAAUGGAACAGGCCCCAGCAACUCUGCCGAUCGAGGUGUGAAUGGCACACGGCGGGACGACGACGUGGCUGAGGCUGGGAACGAGAUCGAGAAUGAGAAUGAGGAUAACGAGAACAACGAAAACGAUGAGGAAGAGGAAGAAGAUGAUGACGAUGAUGACCAUGAAGGGCCAUACACACCUUUUGACCUACCCACUGGCAAGAUAGAAAUCUUGAAGUGGCUCUUCACGUGGCCGUUGAGUUUUGUCCUGUACUUCACAGUGCCCAACUGUAACAAACCCCACUUGGAAAAAUGGUUCAUGGUUACCUUUGCUUCUUCUACCCUCUGGAUUGCAGCUUUCUCCUACAUGAUGGUGUGGAUGGUGACAAUCAUUGGCUACACGCUGGGAAUUCCAGAUGUGAUCAUGGGCAUCACUUUCUUGGCAGCUGGAACCAGCGUGCCGGACUGCAUGGCAAGCCUUAUCGUAGCAAGGCAAGGUAUGGGGGAUAUGGCUGUGUCCAAUUCCAUCGGAAGCAAUGUUUUUGAUAUUUUAAUUGGCCUAGGCCUCCCGUGGGCUUUGCAGACCCUAGCAGUGAAUUAUGGAUCAUACAUUCGGUUAAACAGCAGAGGACUUAUCUAUUCUGUUGGUCUCUUGCUGGCAUCUGUCUUUGUCACAGUUUUUGGCGUCCACAUGAACAAAUGGAAACUGGACAAGAAGCUAGGGUGUGUGUGCCUUUCCCUUUACGGCAUCUUCCUGUGUUUCUCCAUCAUGACAGAGUUCAAUGUUUUCACUUUUGUGAACUUGCCAAUGUGCAGAGAUCACUAA